AUGUCCAUACAAACCCAAAAUCCCACCUUUGCCGAAGUAAUAAAAACAAAGGCUACAGUACACAAGGUACAAACUCCUGCCACGGCUACUCGUAGUAGGGACAAUGAUACCCCAAAACCACAGAAAAAUAAAAAGAGCCCUCUUAAAGAAGACUGGAUGUUUUGGACUGCAGAUACAGACGAAGGAGAUGCUCACCAAGUGUCUCAUGAUGAAGAAAGUAAAGAUAAAUGCCCUUCUUUCAAAGAGUUGUGUUCCAGAAUAAAGGAAGUUAUAUAUCUCAAAAAGACUGGUUUAACAAGUAAGAUAAGGUGUGUUUUUUAG